UUUCCCAACCUGGUAACACUGGGCUCAAAUGCAAAUUAAUAUUAAUUCCGGUUAUCAUGCAAGUGACGAAAUAGCCAUUUGAGUGGCCAGCGAAAGGGGCAACGUAACCGAAUCUCGAUCCAUGAUGCAAAUCAAGCGCCUCCUGUGCAAGUCCUGUGGCCUGGGCACCCUUCUGGUGGCGGUGGUCUGGCUGCUGGCGCUCCUCUUUUAUUCGCACAGUUUGAGGAGCUCCAUCCGCUCGGCGGGAUGGAGGAUCGAGGAGAGGAACGCUACGCCGCGGGCGGAGCUGAGCUACCAGGCCAGGGUGACCAUUGGAUGCACACCAAACUCGGGGAACAGCACGGCGGCCAGGGAGUCCCCGGGAGAACAGGCCAAUCCGCCCGAGCAACUGGAGCUGCUGGGCGUGGUGCGCAACAAGCAGGACAAAUACAUCCGGGACAUUGGCUACAAGCACCACGCUUUUAACGCUCUGGUGUCCAACAACAUUGGACUCUUCCGCCCGAUUCCCGACACCCGGCACAAGGUUUGCGAUCGGAAGGAAACCUCGGAAGCGGAGCAACUACCCCAGGCCUCCAUAGUCAUGUGCUUCUACAACGAGCACAAGAUGACCCUCAUGCGGUCCAUUAAAACCGUGCUGGAGCGCACGCCCAGCUACCUUCUGCGGGAGAUUGUCCUGGUGGACGAUCACAGUGAUCUGCCCGAACUGGAGUUCCACUUGCACGGCGACCUACGUGCCCGCCUGAAGUACGACAAUCUGCGGUACAUAAAGAACGAGCAGCGCGAGGGUCUCAUUCGAUCCCGGGUGAUUGGAGCCCGCGAGGCAGUUGGCGAUGUCCUGGUCUUCCUAGACUCACACAUCGAGGUCAAUCAACAGUGGCUGGAGCCCCUACUGCGCCUCAUCAAGACUGAGAAUGGAACCCUGGCCGUGCCCGUCAUCGAUCUGAUUAAUGCCGACACCUUUGAGUACACACCAAGUCCACUGGUGCGCGGAGGAUUCAACUGGGGCCUGCACUUCCGCUGGGAGAAUCUGCCCGAGGGCACACUGGAGGUCGCUGAGGAUUUCCGCGGCCCCUUCCGCUCGCCCACCAUGGCUGGCGGUCUGUUCGCCGUGAACAGACGGUACUUCCAGCACCUGGGCGAAUACGACAUGGCCAUGGACAUCUGGGGUGGCGAGAACAUUGAGAUCUCCUUCCGCGCCUGGCAGUGCGGCGGCGCCAUCAAGAUCGUGCCCUGCUCCCGCGUGGGUCACAUAUUCCGGAAACGGCGACCGUACACUUCGCCGGAUGGGGCCAACACCAUGCUGAAGAACUCGCUGCGAUUGGCCCACGUGUGGAUGGAUCAGUAUAAGGAGUACUACCUGAAGCACGAGAAGGUGCCCAAGGGCUAUGACUACGGGGACAUCAGCGAUCGGCUGAAGCUGCGGGAGCGGCUGCAGUGCCGGGACUUCGGCUGGUACAUGAAGAACGUCUAUCCGGAGCUGCAUGUGCCUGGCGAGGAGUCCAAGAAGUCGGCGGCGGCAGCGCCCAUGUUUCAGCCUUGGCACUCGCGAAAGCGGAACUACGUGGACACCUACCAACUGCGACUGGCGGAGACGGAACUCUGCGCCGCCGUGGUGGCGCCCAAGGUGAAGGGCUUCUGGAAGAAGGGCAGCUCCCUGCAACUGCAGCCCUGCCAGAGGACGCCCAACCAGCUGUGGUACGAAACCGAGAAGGCGGAGAUCGUGCUGGACAAGCUGCUGUGCCUGGAGGCUUCCGGGGAUGCCCAGGUCACGGUGAACAAGUGCCACGAGAUGCUGGGCGACCAGCAGUGGCGGCACACGCGCACCUCCAACAGUCCCGUCUACAACAUGGCCAAGGGAACGUGCCUGAGGGCAGCUGCUCCGACGGCUGGUGCCCUCAUUAGCCUGGAUCUGUGCUCCAAGUCGAGUGGAGUGGGUGGAGCCUGGGACAUUGUGCAGCUCAAGAAGGCUGGAAAGGAGGAGCUGAAGGCAAAGGAAGCCAAGAAGACGGACAAAACGCUGUGAGCGGGCUGCCCUGCUGGCGUAUCGCAAUAUUAGACUGAUAACUGUUUAGGGCAAAAGUGUAUUAUGUUUAAAUAGCCAGUAUUUUUUCAUGAACUUUUUUAAUAAAAUGUAGAAACAAA